GCGUUGGAAAAUGGCGGGGAAGCUGAAACCUCUGAAUGUGGAGGCGCCAGAAGCUGCUGAGGAGGCUGAAGGGCAAGCCAAGUCUUUGAAGACUGAAGACUUGCUGGCAAUGGUGAUAAAGCUGCAGAAAGGUCAUGUGUCUCUUUGUUUCUGAGCCUCAGCCUGGGGUUUCAAGUCAGAAAGACAUGGUACAAAUUCAGCCCCCUCAACUCACAACCUCAGGAAAUUAUCCCAUUGCACUUUCUCCCUCUUAUACAGUUUAAUUCUUUGAACCAAGAAUACAGUCCCACAGUUCAAAAUUCAAGAAGUUUAAAGGAAUGGAAAAACCAGUUCCCCCGCCAUCCCUACUCCCUCCCCCCACACACCAGUCAUCCAUUUCCCUGACUCAUGGGCAAGCAGCUAUUGUUUUUCAAUUCUUAAGUAUCUUUCCAGAGAUUUCUUAAAAAUGCAUUCAUGGAUGUAUAUUUUUUGUCCUCCCUUUUUACACACAAAUGGAAAUGCAGUUGGUUUUGCACCUUGCUUUGCUUUUUGCGGGAAACCUGGGAGCCAGUGUGCACCCAGUAUCUACAUCAGAGCUGAGGCAGUGCUGGCCAGAGAGGGAAGCCUGGAGCCACAGAUAGAGGACCUGAUUAGCCGGAUUAAUGAGCUUCAGCAAGCAAAGAAGAAAUCCAAUGAGGAACUGAGAGAGACCCACAGUCUCUGGGAGGCCCUGCAUAGGGAAUUAGACUCCUUGAAUGGAGAGAAAGUGCACCUAGAGGAGGUCUUGGGCAAAAAGCAAGAGGCACUGAGGAUCCUCCAGAUGCACUGCCAAGAGAAGGAAAGCGAGGCUCAGAGGUUGGAUGUCAGAGGACAGCUGGAGGAUCUGAUGGGCCGGCACAAGGACCUCUGGGAAUUCCACAUGCUGGAGCAGCGACUGGCCCGGGAGAUCCGUGCCCUGGAGAGAAGCAAGGAGCAGCUGCUCUCGGAGAGGAGGCUGGUGCGCGCCAAGCUGCGGGAGGUGGAGCGGCGGCUGCGCUCGCCGCCUGAGGUCCAGGGCGCCAUGGCGGUGAAUGACGGGCUGAAGGCGGAGCUGGAGAUAUUCGGGGAGCAGGUCCAGAGCGCCCCCGAGGUCGGGGCCGGCGAGGGAGAGCCUCACCCAGCCCCCGGCAGGCCGGACCUGAGCUCCCCCGCGCUCGCGACGAGGAGGAUCCGGAGCCGCCGGUGGCUGCCCCUGACGCCCUCUAGGCCAGCAGGACCCGCCCGGUCCCGACCUUCCCUCGAGACCCGCCAAGAAAUAAAGGCGGUGAUUUCCGACCAUGCUCGCGUUCUCCCCGGAGUCUGUGCUACACGGUGGAGCGGGGCGGGGCGUCCUGGGAUCUCGAGGCGGGGCCUCUGCCGGACCCCGCCCACCAGUCGAGCCCCGGGCGCCGUACAGAGGCUGGGUAAAUGCUCCUGAACUCAGAGAGAGUAAGUGGGUGUCAGGAUCCCCCGCCCCACGGCCUCAUCUCGAGUUCCCAAACCAUCUAUGUUGUCAACAGAGGCUAGA